ACGCGGGGCAUUGAAUGGUGCGAAGCUCGAAGCGCGGAGUUGUUCCCGGGCUUCCACAGGGCCACGCGACAAUGUCGGUGCCCUCCUCCCCAGACCUCCUCCCCUCUCCAUCGAAAGCCGCAAGCUUCCAAACUCUUCCUGUUGGAUCUUUUCGGCCGCUUGUCCGAUCGCCAGCCCGCCCCAUGAAAUUAGGGGUGUCGCCUGAACUGUCUCACUCCGACCGCACUCCGGCGAGCCGAGGAUGCGCCGACCCGAGGAUGGACAAUCUGAACAUCGACGAGGAACUCGCCAAGAGGCGAGCUGAAGUGGUGGAAUGGAUCGACGGCUUGUUCCCGGACCUCGUCGUGGAUAUCGAUGCGUCGGAGCAAGGGCUUCGUGCCAGGUUGCUCGAUGGUGCAGUAUUAUUCCGCAUCCUCAACAGGUUCAGACUUUUUGGAUCGGAAGUGAUUGGUAAUGGGAAUCGUGUUUCCACUGAGAAGCGUUUUGAUUGUAUAAUUAGCUUUAUUUCGGCCGUUGAGCAGAUGGGAUUGCCUGGAUUCAAAUUUUCAGACCUUGAACAGGGACCUAUGACUGCGGUAAUAUAUUGCCUUUGGUGUCUCAAGAAUCAUCUCAGCUGCAAUUUUGGUGAAGAAAAUGCAAAGUCACCAUUGAAUCAUGUGGUUGAAGCAAGACGAAGGUCAAAAACUAUGGAAAUCAAGAGGGUCAAAUCACUGAAAUUUUUCAGGGAGAAAAGUAAUUAUAGUGCAGAAAAGUCUGCAGAUUCAGCAGAGGACCAGCAAAACAGCCUUGUAGAUUUGCGAUUGAAACACCUGCUACGAGCUAGUCCAGUAUUCUCAGAACCAUCAACUCCUCAUUCUGAUCGUAACGGACACAAGUUCCAUGAGGUUUUCCAACUAAAACAAGGACGCUACAGUGAACUUCCUGCUGCAAAGAUUUCAGAAAUGUUGAAAUCAAACAGUUUAGAUAAUGCCCCCACUCAAUCUCUUUUAAGUGUCAUUCAUGGAAUUCUUGAAGAAAGUAUUGAAAGGGGGAAUGGCGAAAUACCUUUUCGUGUAGCAUGCCUUCUGAAAAAGGUUAUACAGGAGAUUGAAAGGCGCAUUGCAACACAAGCAGAUCAUAUACGAAAUCAAAAUAAUCUGAUUAAGGCUCGAGAAGACAAAUUUCAAUCAAGGAUCAGAGUGCUAGAAACACUAGCAAAUGCAUCCAAUGAAGAAGCACAGAUGGUAAUGAACCAGCUUGAUCAGCUAAAGGAUGAAAAGUCCAAAACUGUAGAAAAGAAGAUACAUUCUGAAGAUAUCAUUAGAAUAAUCAAGGAUAAAGACAAAAGAGACAAAGUAGUUUCAGAACUUAAGCAGACUUUAGAAACGAUGAAAAGGUCAUAUCAAGAACAGCUUCAGCAGCUGGAAAGAAAUGCUAAUGAUUCUGAGUUGGAGUUAAAGCAAAGGUUGAAGGAGGCUGAAUGUCUGCUAUCAGAGUCUAGGGAAAGAAGAGAACAGAUAGAAGCAGAGAUAAACUCUAAAUAUCAAAAUUGGAGUAAAAAAGUAGACAUUUUCCAAAGUUUCAUAGCUUUACUUCUGCAAUCAAUUCAGGGUUUGAGGGAAUCCUAUAGUUCCAUGAAGCAUGAAUUUGUGGAUACAGAAAAAAGAUGGUCCGAAGAAUUCACUAAUCUUGGGGAGAAGAUGAAAGUGCUAACAGAUACAGCAGACUCUUAUCACGAAGUUCUUGCAGAAAACCGGAAAUUAUAUAAUGAGGUUCAGGAACUAAAAGGAAAUAUUAGAGUUUACUGUAGGAUAAGGCCAUUUCUUUCAGAAGAAAAUAAAAGACAGACAAGUGUAGAGAACAUCGGUGAGAAUGGUGAGCUAGUGCUUGUAAACACAAGUAAACAAGGAAAAGAUGGUAAAAGAAUGUUCAAUUUCAACAAGGUGUUUGGUCCCUCUGCUACUCAAGAGGAGGUCUUCCUAGACACUCGGCCCUUAAUACGAUCUGUUAUUGAUGGUUACAAUGUUUGUAUAUUUGCAUACGGUCAGACUGGAUCAGGGAAAACAUAUACAAUGACAGGACCUGAUGGAGGAUCUGAGAAAGACUGGGGUGUAAACUUUCGUGCUCUAAAUGACCUUUUUAAUAUUUCUCGGAGUAAAAGUGGCACCUUUAGGCAUGAAGUGAGUGUUCAAAUGGUUGAAAUAUAUAACGAGCAAGUGCGUGAUCUCCUUGCAAAUCAUGGCUCACAACAGAGACUUGGGAUUAUGGCUACUACUCAACCCAAUGGGCUUGCUGUCCCUGAUGCAACUAUUCAUCCUGUUGAAACAACUUCAGAUGUCCUGGAACUAAUGAAAAUAGGACAUCUAAACAGGGCCGUUUGUUCCACUGCUUUAAAUGAAAGAAGCAGCCGAUCACACAGUAUUCUUACUGUUCAUGUUCAAGGAACCGAUUUGAAAAGCGAAACUACUUUGCGUGGUUCCCUUCAUCUGGUAGAUCUUGCUGGAAGUGAGCGUGUUGACCGUGCUGAAGUCGUUGGUGAUAGGCUCAAGGAAGCUCAACAUAUCAAUAAAUCAUUGUCUGCACUUGGGGAUGUUAUCUUUGCUCUAUCACAGAAAAGCUCUCAUGUUCCAUACAGAAACAGCAAGCUUACUCAAGUUCUGCAGAGUUCUUUAGGUGGACAUGCUAAGACACUUAUGUUUGUACAGAUAAAUCCAGAUGUUGGAUCAUACUCAGAGACCUUAAGUACCUUGAAAUUUGCUGAAAGGGUUUCUGGGGUGGAGUUAGGUGCAGCAAAGAGCCAAAAAGAGGGCAAAGAAGUUAGAGACUUGAUUGAACAGGUAGCAUCACUUAAAGAUACAAUUGCAAGGAAAGAGGAGGAGGUUGAACAACUGAAACAAGAAAAAAAUCUCAGAUCACAGUCUGCUGAUGCAAAAAUAGAAAGGCAUAGUAAGGGCCUAUUGAAACAAAAUUCCUCCCCUCCUGGUGGCGUUUCAAACUUAGGUGCUACAGUACAACUAAAACAAAAAAUAUUGGUUCGAAAGCCUGUUAACAAAAGUAAGACAGCCAAAAAUCAUGAGAAUAACUCAGAGAAUGGAUAUCAUUCUGAAUCUAGUUCACAGAAGUCUGCAGAAGAAAGUAAAUACAGGAGACAAGGAUUUUCACGUCCAACAGUACACAAACUGGUUCGUAGUAGUUCUGCCGAUGUAGAGCUUUCAGACAUUCAUGAUGAGGAUGCAGAGGAGAGAUCAAGCGACAUAUCUGACAGUGUAGCCUCCUCCAUGGUAGCAGAUACAGGUGGUUCAAGGAACAGUGUUGUAGAGUUCUCACUCUUCCCUGAACAAAAGAAACCAUCAGAAACUCCUAAAGAGAAAGAGAUUAAGAUACCAGUAAGAAUACCUAAACCACCUCUGAAAACAAUUGGACAGGACACGGUCACCCAGCCAAAGAUAAACGAUGCAUUGAAGCCCUCAAACUCAAGAAAAGGCACAAACCAUGUUAGAACGCCAUCGCCUGCCAGAGCUACGAAACGUUGGCAGUAGAAAACGUGCUCUGGAGAAAUUUAUAAAGAACUGCCUACAAAAUUGAAAAUGCAUUUGCAGAAUAGGUGGAUGUUGAGUUUAACUUUCUUCUCUGGUUUCACCAAAAAGGAGUACAACUGUGUAAAGUUAGAAAGUGUAGCCCUUGCACUCUUAAGCUGCUGUGAAGUAAUCACCACCUGGAAGAAAUACCAUCCUUGCAUUUUGAAGCAAUGACAAUCAUUAUGCCGAUGAAAGUUCUUGCUGACAAUGAAGCAGCACCUACUUGCUGAAGAUCAUCAGCUAACCUGAAAAUGGAUGGGAGUUACCGUGCAGAAGCCAGAAGAAGCCAGAGAGCUAUACGAAUGAUCUCAUUGUCUACCACAGUGAAAUAGAAGAUCAAAACUUUCAAAUGGUGUCCAUAAAGGUGCAGACAAAGGAGGCAGUAUAUAAUCUUCGUUUAUUCCAGUGGAAGUUUAAGGCCUCUCUUAACACGGCAGUUCACACGCUUAACAAGGGGAUGUUGUACAUUGUGAAUGGUGAAGGGGUAAAUCUUCAAAUGUUUGGAAAUGUCCCUCAAAUAAUCAUCACUAAUGGCAUGAUUUUGUUAGAUUUUGUUGCACAACUGCAUAUAACCUAGUUCUGGGUCUCUCUGUAUUACUUGUUUCAUCGAGUAGAGUAACAAUCAUUCACAAAUGGUAAAACUAAUUAGAGGUAGAGUCAACCAAGCCU